UUGUAGUGGUCAUGUAGACUGUUGUGUUUACUCUCACACGAGUUCACAACACUCGAUGCUUUUAUCUCUCGUUUUUAGGACAGAGCAGAGACUGUGUCUCUUUUAUUUUAAGCGUUGAGUCAUAGAGUCGCUCAGUGUAUAUUUGUAUAUAUUUAAUGGUUUUAUUAGAUGUAAAUGUUGACAUGGACAUUCUAGCGCGUGCAGCCGGAGGUCGGAAUGUUUUGUGUUUGUUUGAUGUGGACGGAACCCUGACGCGCCCCCGAGAGAAGAUCGACCCUCAGCUGGAUGAAUUUUUUCAGGAUUUACGUAAAAAGGUGAAGAUCGGAGUGGUGGGGGGCUCUGACUAUUCCAAAAUAGCAGAACAACUCGGAGAUGGAGAAGAAGUCAUUCACAAGUUUGAUUAUGUGUUUGCUGAGAACGGGACGGUGCAAUAUAAAGACGGCAAACUUCUCUCCAAACAGGCCAUUCAGAAUAAGUUAGGAGAAGAACUACUGCAGGAUCUGAUCAACUUCUGUCUCAGAUACAUGGGCCUCCUGAAACUGCCCAAGAAAAGAGGGACGUUCAUUGAGUUUCGUAACGGUAUGUUGAACAUCUCGCCCAUCGGCAGAAGCUGCACACUAGAGGAGCGACUGGAGUUCUCAGAGAUUGAUAAGAGAGAGAAGAUAAGAGAGAAGUUUGUGGCAGCGCUGCAGAAAGAGUUCGCAGGAAAAGGUCUGCGCUUCACCAGAGGAGGUUUGAUCAGUUUCGACGUGUUUCCGGAGGGUUGGGACAAACGUCUGUGUCUGGAGGUUCUGGAGCAGGAGGGAUUGGACACCAUCUACUUCUUUGGCAAUGAAACAUCACUGGGUGGGAAUGAUUAUGAGAUCUUCGAGGACCCUCGAACCAUCGGCUUCACAGUCUGUUCUCCUGAAGACACAGUGCGUCUCUGCAGAGCCAUCUUCUUCAACACUCCACCCAACGAGUCGUGACGCCCCCCGCAGGACCCUCAGAGUACUGACUGAUGCUUUUAAACCACUACUGAACAUCACACAUGACUGAUGACAUGACUCUUCAGCUUUUCCUCGGCUGUUUAAAAGGUGCUUUAUAUUUAAAUGACUUUCUGUACGGUCUUGUCUUGAUUAUAUGUUGAUUUGCACUGCAAAAAAAGAUUUUUCUGUGUCUUAACAUUCUAAAAUAAGUUUAUAAAUAUAAACUUGCUUAAUUACUUGAAAUGUAAAGUGUAAAAGUGAGUGAUGAUGUGUUAACAAAAAUAAUCUUGUUUUCCUUUUGAAUUAUUUUCACGUUUUUUUCAUCACUGGCAAAAACGUUUUUUUAGAAAAAAUGACUUUCAAUUGUUUUGCUGUUCAAGGAAUAUGUCUUGAUUCAUAUUAGUGCUAUAAAACAAGACAAAAAUACUGAGUAAGAAAAUCUUUUCUGUACCGUACAUUGUGAUUGUUAAUUUGUCAGGUUUUACCAGCAAACAGUUUUUGGUUUGCAGAACGGUUCUAAAAAGACUAAACCUUCAGAGAAACGUCCAAGAACAUUCUCGUGUGGUCUUCCAAUAAUGCAGAGAAAGCAGAAGUUAACAUUGUGGGAUUAUUGUGUGUCUGUUUGGGUGGAUGUCUGUAUGAGGUAUUCAGUCUGAGAUGAAUAUUUAUUAACAUGAGAGACACGUUCUGUCCACACUGCACUAGAUUUGAUUUGUAAAAGAGUCACUAUGUGUCUAAAUGUUUUAAAGCUUCUCCUAACAAAUAUCUGUGUUUUGAUACAACACGCGAAAAAACAUCAUCUAUCUGAUGAGAUGUGAAGAGUGUGUGUUCAUCAUUCCACAAAAACAUCUCACAUGAGGAUUAACAGUAACAGUAUAACAUAUCUGAUGAUGAUUGAAACACUUUAAUUCUGUGCGACUCUCUGAAAGAAUGUGGAGAGAUCAUGUAAGUAAAUUGGAUGUUUUGUUACAGAGUAUGACAUCAUAUUUUCGAGUAAAUGACGUUUGCACUCUCCGAGGUCGACAAAUUUAUGCAAUAUGAAUGAAACAGUUGUUGUCUGGAAUCAUAAACAUGUCAUAUAUAUAUAUGUU